UUCAUCGCCGACCUAAAUUAUCUUUCUUCCAAUUGAAGGUGAUUGCUUUCUGGAGAAGGAGGCGCUGUAAAGAGUUCUCUACUGAAGAAGUUUCCCGAUCUGAUUUGCAACCGAUAGAUAGACGUUUCUGCGGAAGAUCGAUUGCCUCAAUUCAACCUCUCUAGAAGUUAUCGGAACUGUAUGUUUUAAGAAUAAUGGACGGUGCUGAAGAUGAUCAUUCUAUAGAAGAUGUAAAUUGGGCUGAUUCUUGUUUGGUUAAAGUUUCAGACAAUGAAUGGGAUUCUCUCAAGAAUUCUUUAUUGGAGAUUCUUGAUUCUGUAGAACCUUCUGCAGAUAAUACUGAUAAUCUUUAUGCAGAGGCUAAUCUUCUUGAUGAAGAGUCUCCAUUAAAGUUUGAUGAUGAUGAUGCUGAAGGGACCAUUAAUUAUAAUUUUUCAACUUCAAGUGAUGAAGAAGAAGAAGAUGAUGAUGAAAACAGCACUCAUUCUGUGAAAGGGAAGAAGUUUAAUAAAUUUAGAUCAAGAACCAAUCUUGGAAACUCAUCUGUUCCAGUAAUCCAUGAAUUUCAGGAAAACACUUAUGAUUUUGGAUUGGAUUUCAGUUUUACAGAGUCUAUACUUGAACCAUCAGCAGGUGAAAUCUUUAAAGUAUGGGAUUUGGACAUUCCAGAUGAGGAAGAUGAGUUAUUGACAAAUCUGAACAAGGCCCUUGUCGAUAGUUCUUUACAGUCUAUUAAAGAAGAUGACUUAGAUUUGAAUGGAUUUUCAAAUUCGAUAGAUGAGGUGAUUAUGGGCAUGACAGAUCUGAAACUGGAUUCAAACCCAGAUGAAGCUUACUAGGAUCAAUGGUGUUUUCAGAAACAGAAAAUUUUCUUGACUGCUCAAGAAUGGUAAGCAUUGUUAAUUUGUUAUGAUCUUGAAUUGCUUGAAUUGCAUAUGCUUGCUUACUAACAGGCCAGGAUAGAAGAUAGUUAGUUUUUUUUUAGCUGUUUUUGACUGUUAAGAGUUACAACUAUUUUGAUACUCAGUUUGUUUUUGUUAAUAUUGACUUGACUUAUCUUCUUAUAUGGUUAAUGUAUCUUUGUUUGUCUCAAAUUUUUAUUGGCUUAGUA